AUGGAAACGACAAAAGAGAUAUUAACGGGUCUCAUUGGCGAGGAAAACCGAAUCAUUCAGUUGAGGCGUCAGGAGGAGGAGAGGGCUGAUGGAAAGUUUCGUGACCUAGUGGGGAUUCGCGACGUCUCGUCGGCUGAGGCCAGAGACCAAAACGCCACUCUUGUCAGUCAAACCACUGUCAUGGGAGACGCAGUUGAAGUCCUGGCCGACCAAUUUGAAUCCUUUGGAAACGAGGUGGUAUCCGAACUGUCAGAUGCUGAAUCGGAGAUCUACAAUGAUACUGGAAAAGCCGUUGAACUGUGGACAGGCGAUGACUUCCCAGAGCAGCCUCGAGUUAAUUCACGUGGAUUUAAUCGUCUCCUCCAAGGCUAUGUAAGCAUCCGACGUCGCAUCUUCCCUUCAGGGAAAACUAAGCAGCAGUCAGAGAAACCGGUAUCUGUGAUGAGUGGAGAGCGCACCGAGCCGCCUUCUUGUGCUGGCAUAUCUGGUCUAUGCGCUCUCCUGGGCCUCCUGCUUGCCAGUGUGGCUUAUGUCGCCUACUGCUGUCAUGUCAGUAGUACUGAUGACCCACAGAUGACACGCCUUUUCGUUUUUGCGGCGCUCUUCUGGUUCGGCCUCCUCCUAGCUCUGUUUCGGCGCUUAGUGCAUCAGGACAGCACCCAGGGCGGCUGUUUUACCCCCUUCUCGAAGCUCAGCGACGGCUGGUCUAACACUAGACGCAGGAUGAAAACCUCUUUGGUGGCGCUGAAGGAGCGCACCAACUGCGGCAAGAAGGCCGAGUCAAUACUGAAGUUGUGUGUUAAAGUCUUUACCAUCAGCGCAAUGCUUCUGGUGGUUUGCCUGUGUCUCGUAUUCCUUGUCAUUCUGGUGAAUCCCCGCAACUUGAUCUCUCUGUCGGGAAUUGCUCUCAAUCUUCUUUUCUGCAUAGCUAUCUCUCGACACCCUGGAAAGGUGAUUUUUAGUUCUGUUUAUCACUCUCUUUCUGUCUCUUUAUGUAAAAUAUCUUAG